GGGCGGGAGGAGGGGGCAGACUAGUGCGGGCGCUGGCGGGAGCGGCCGUGUGUGGCCGGGGCUCCCGGGGAAGCAGCACUGGCCAGGGUUAGUCCGGGGCCCCCAGCCAUCUCCGCCACCGCUGGCGGCUUCAGCUAGUUCUUCCCAGGCUCCUUUCUCCUCUCGCCGUGGAGGGGUCCCGGGCUUUGCGAUGGGCGGUGCUGCCCGCGGGCCGGGCAGGAAGGAUGCGGGGCCGCCGCGAGCUGGGCCCCCAGCCCAGGAACCACGAAGGUUGGGAGAUGGUGUGUAUGACACCUUCAUGAUGUUAGAUGAAACUAAAUGUCCACCUGGUUCCAAUACAGCCUGCAACCCUUCUGAACCAGCUCUACCUAGAAGAUUAUAUAUUACUACUGAAAAGCUAACAACAAACCACACUCAACCAAUCUCAAAUGGAGGUGACAUUAAGGUGGAACAACUGUUUCAGGAAUUUGGCAACAGAAGAACCAAUGCUUUUCAAUCCGUAGGAACCAAUACCUCUGAAAAGUAUCCUUCCACAAUUUCUCAGGGUAAAAGUUCAGACAGUUUGAACACUGUCAAAUCUGGUAGUUCAUCCAAAGCUCUAAAAGUGGUACCUCUGACUCCUGAACAGGCACUAAAGCAGUAUAAGCAUCAUCUGACUCCUUAUGAGAAGCUAGAAAUCAUCAAUUAUCCUGAAGUUUAUUUUGUGGGUCCAAAUGCUAAGAAAAGACAUGGCGUCAUGGGAGGCCCCAAUAAUGGGGGAUAUGAUGAUGCUGAGGGAGGCUACAUUCAUGUACCUCGAGACCACUUAGCUUAUAGGUAUGAGGUGCUGAAAAUCAUUGGCAAAGGCAGCUUUGGGCAAGUAGCUCGAGUAUAUGACCACAAACUUCACCAGUACGUUGCCCUGAAGAUGGUCCGCAAUGAAAAGCGCUUUCAUCGACAAGCUGCUGAAGAAAUCAAGAUUUUAGAGCAUCUUAAGAAACAGGAUAAAACAGGCAGCAUGAAUGUUAUUCACAUGCUAGAAAGCUUUACAUUCCGGAAUCAUGUCUGUAUGGCUUUUGAAUUGCUAAGCAUGGACCUCUAUGAGCUGAUCAAAAAGAACAAAUUUCAGGGAUUCAGCAUCCAGCUGGUGCGCAAAUUUGCUCAGUCUAUUUUGCAGUCUUUGGAUGCUCUUCACAGAAACAAGAUCAUUCACUGUGACCUGAAACCAGAAAACAUUCUUCUAAAACAACAUGGCCGCAGUGCGACCAAGGUAAUUGACUUUGGCUCCAGCUGUUUUGAGUACCAGAAACUGUACACGUAUAUCCAGUCUCGCUUUUACAGAGCACCAGAGAUCAUCUUGGGAAGUCGAUAUAGCACGCCUAUUGAUGUCUGGAGCUUUGGCUGUAUUCUUGCAGAACUCUUGACUGGACAGCCUCUCUUCCCUGGAGAGGAUGAGGGGGACCAGUUAGCUUGCAUAAUGGAGCUUCUAGGGAUGCCCCCUCCAAAACUUCUCGAGCAAGCUAAGCGUGCCAAGUACUUUAUCAACUCCAAGGGUCUGCCUCGGUAUUGUUCUGUGACUACUCAGCCAGAUGGCAGAGCUGUCCUUGUUGGGGGGCGUUCACGCCGGGGUAAGAAGCGAGGUCCCCCAGGGAGUAAAGACUGGGUAACAGCACUAAAAGGGUGCGAUGACUACUUGUUUAUAGAGUUCUUGAAAAGAUGUCUUCACUGGGAUCCUUCUGCUCGCUUGACCCCAGCUCAGGCUUUAAGACAUCCUUGGAUUAGUAAACCCAUACCCAGACCUCUCACUACAGAUAAAAUGUCAGGGAAACGGAUAGUAAAUCCUGUGAAUGCUUUGCAGGGAUUGGGUUCCAAGUUGCCUCCAGUUACUGGAAUAGCCAACAAGCUUAAAGCUAAUUUAAUGUCAGAAACUAAUGGCAGUAUACCUUUGUGCAGUGUCCUGCCAAAACUCAUCAGCUAGUAAAGAGUGAUCUGUGUGGAAAUAUGCAUAAAUGAUAUUUUGCAUCAUCCUGAAAACCUGCAAAAUGGAAAAUAUGACAUCCUCAGAACCCCUGUUUUUGACAACUAAGACUUUUUUAAAAGCAGAAACUUUUUUAUAUGUAUGAAAAUGAACUUUUCAAGGGCUAAUUAUCUAAUCACCUUGUUUCAGCUAUUAAAUUACUUUUUAUA